CUGUACUAUUCAUAUUAGCGAGGCUUCGAGGAAAGUUAUGGGGGGCGGAAAUGCCGAACUGACGCAAGAGAUGCAAGACACUGAUAUGCACAUGAACGCCUUAUCCGUAUGUUGUACGGUGAUGGAAUUAGCUGCGUAUUCAGUUGUUAUACUGCAGAAGCCCCCGAGGUUUCUCACGAUGUUCAUCGCGCCCACGAUGGCGGCCCCACGCCGCAACUGCUGGGACACUGUAAAACAAAGUUUUAUCGAUGCGAUAGAUGACCCGCACCAAUGCUUCUGGGAACCGAAUCGUUGGACACUUACUAUGGCUUUUUUAAUCUGGAUUGGAGGACUUCUUACUACUCUGGUUCUCAUGGGCUCUGGGCUGUCGUCCACAUACACCAAGGCUUGUGUGUGGGGUGAUCAGUUCUCAGUCGACCCGUUGUCCGUAUCAGCCUGGAGCACCACUGGCUUCUUCAAGAUUACAUCAUACUUUGGCGUUAUGUCUUUUGCUCAGGCUAAGACUGUCGAUAUAAUAUGGGAUGUGAUUAUUGGCCGUGGGGGACAAGCUGUGUUGGCCAUUUGUAGCUGGCGCGCAUUUGCUCUUCAUUUAACUGCAAGCAUAGCAAUCGCCCCAGUCACAUACAGCACCUAUGAAGCUAUAUUUAUUGAUACCAACCCGAGCAUUUUCCUAGUCUGCCGAUUCUUGAGCGGCAUUUGCAAGCAAAAGAGUUUGGCUUCAAGAAUGGCCAUGUCAUUCAUUAUUCUCAGUAUGGUUUUCAUAAUCGCCUUUCCUACCCUAGCCAGCGCGAUGACGGGGUAUACUACUCAUUUUACGGCUUAUGUUCACGACUACUCAAACAACAGCAUUCCAUUCCACAAAUUCGAAGCGCUCGUAUAUACUAUUCACGAUGGAGACCGAAUUGGCAAAACGACUGACUUUCGAGUCACGUCUCCCACCAAUCUUUUGGACCCAGUGAGGUAUUACUCCAUGCAGGCUUUAAAUCACUAUACGCUAGACAAUCGGCUUUUCAGGGACACCCAUCGCUAUGCCUUCAAGUACUAUUAUAAUGAUCCAAUCCGCCCCCAAAGUUCAACUUUCGAGGGCUUUGAUCUCUCUCCGCCACUGCUCAAUAUUACGAUAGAAGUUGACGAGUUCGGAGGAUUUCCACUACAUGAAAACAUUUCCACACAGAUUAGGACUUGGAUAUACGAUGAUAAACAUUAUUCCCAAGAGCAAAUACUAGAAAGAGGGUCAUGUCAACCUACAAAGGACGUAUUUGCCUGGGGCUUCUCCUUCAUCCAGCUGAACAUUCUAUUAAUUUUGCUCUUGAUCUGGAGCCUUGGAACGUUAGCUUUGUACAUGCACGGACGGUACAGUAUGUUUAUGGGCCGCCAAUACUCUGUUGACGGAAGAUACAAAGCCAUCAUCACCCUGGCAGAUGCAAUGAGACGACAGCUCGGCCCCAGUUACUCGCAAACCGAAAAGGACAUCGCGAGGGCCGUUCGAGCUGUGGAUGGUGGAAGCAUCUCACACCGAUCGAUUUUUUACUGCAUCAGUGUACCCGAAAAGGUUUGGAGCUGGCUUCGUGGUGAGAAGUGCGAUGGGUUUACAGCGAUAAAUGGACCGAAAACGAGCGAUUACCGGAAGGUUGCCGAUUAUAUUUGUGUGUAA